AUGCGGAUACGCUACAAAUCAGCUCCCGCGACAGGAGAGCACCUGACUCUCACGCGACAUAAAACCGCGCCCCCCCCCCGCUCCUUUAUUGGCCCCAUAAAUCGGGGGGCGCAGCCGACUGUCGCUAGGUCGGAUAUUAUUCCCUCUUAUCUCCUCCACACUAGCAUCUUCUCUGGAUUCAGUGAUAAAUGCCUUCAAGUACUUAUUUCUCGGCUCGGUGAACUUGAUACAUUGGAUCAGAAAACGAGUUACCGGGUCAGUUACAAGGCAGUUGCAUGCACCACAUACCUCACUGGAUUUAAUAGUCAAAGUAGCAUCUUUUAA